CCUUCUUCACUUCCACCUGAGACUGCAUCUUUUGUCAUUUACACCUACAAUUAUCAGCUGGAGGCUUCAUUGUCUACCUUCAUUCUUCUUCUUCUUCCUUCCACCACAAACCUCGCGCGUCCACCUUUAGUAACAAAGGUCAAUUCCGUCCUCACACCACCCCUCCAUCUCAACUUCAACAUGUCUGACACAAACACUCCCUCCCUUGCAGAACGAAUGGGUUCAAAACCUCUCGACGCUGCUUCUUCUAUAUUCACUCCUGGUGCAGCAGGUUCCUCUACUUCUUGGGGAGACGAGAUGGCAUCACCAACUGUCGCAAACCCGAACCAAAACCCUCUCGAUCAAGCACAAGUUGAUGGCUCAGCUGGAGAAAAUUCUUCAGGUCUUCAUGACGGCUCAUAUGAUGUGGAAGUCAAGCUCAGUGAUCUACAAGCUGACUCUGCUAAUCCUCUCUUCUCCGUCCAAUCCUUCGAAGAGCUGGGCAUCAAUCCAGAGAUUAUGAAGGCCUUAUACGCUAUGAACUUCAGAAAGCCUUCUAAAAUUCAAGAGAAAGCUCUUCCCCUCCUCCUCGCAAACCCUCCUCAGAACAUGAUUGCGCAGUCGCAGUCAGGCACAGGAAAGACUGCCGCGUUCGUCAUUACCAUCCUAUCAAGACUCGACUAUACCAGACCAAAGCAACCCCAAGCUCUUGUCCUUGCUCCAGCACGCGAAUUAGCUAGACAGAUCGAAGAUGUUGUCCGUCUCGUUGGUCAAUUUGUCCAAGGUCUUACCAUUCAAGCAGCUGUUCCGGGCGCGGUCGAGCGCAAUGCAAGAGUUGAAUCAAUGGUAAUUGUUGGCACGCCUGGAACCGCAAUGGACUUGAUCAAGCGUCGCCAACUUGACGGUUCAGCUCUGAAAGUUCUCUGUCUGGAUGAGGCAGAUGUGAUGCUUGAUACCCAAGGCCUUGGUGACCAAUGUAUGAGAAUCAAGGCCAUGGUUCCUCGCGUGCAACAAGUUCUUCUCUUCUCUGCAACCUUCCCGGAUGCUGUUAUGGGUUUUGCCAACCAGUUCUGUCCAAACGCCAACGAGAUCAAAUUGCGGCGAGACGAGCUUACAGUCAGUGGUAUCACACAGAUGUACAUGGAUUGCGAAGGCGACGAGGGCAAGUAUGACGUGCUUGCCGCGCUUUAUGGUCUUCUCACUGUCGGUAGUUCGAUCAUUUUCUGCAAGAGAAAGGAUACUGCCUCUGGAAUUGCAGACCGAUUGAGGAAGGCCGGUCAUGAAGUUCUUGCCGUUCACAGUGCCUUCGAUGGAGCUGAGAGAGACGAGAUUGUUCGAAAGUUCAGAGAUGGAGAAGGAAAAGUUCUAAUUACUACGAACGUCCUUGCCCGCGGGAUCGAUGUGUCGACGGUGUCAAUGGUCAUCAACUACGACAUCCCGAUGAAAGGCCGUAACGACUCUGAGCCGGACCCAGAGACGUACCUUCACAGAAUUGGUCGUACUGGUAGAUUUGGACGUGUUGGUGUCAGCAUCAGCUUCGUCUUCGAUAGGAGCUCCUAUCAAGCCCUUCUCCAAAUCGCACAACACUUCGGCAUCGAUUUGGUAAGGCUAGACAAGGAUGAUUGGGAGCAGACCGAGACUACUGUUAAGCGCGUGAUCAGAUCGAGUCGGGCCGGAACAAAUCUGAAGGCGUGAAGGAUUUGGGGGCGAACUCGGGCGAGAUUCUCUUUUUACAGGUUGGCUUGCUUUCGGUUCAUUCAAAGCAAAAAGCGGGCGUUGCAUUGCUCGCUUAGACUCGGGGCGGAUUGCUAUUCAAGGAAAAUGCAUUCAUUGGGAAAUGAGUAGAGGAAGUCUGGAUUGACAAUGGAGGAUAAUUUCGAAGGCAAUAGAGGAGAACAGCGAUCACAUCAGAUGCAUGAUACCAAAAUGGAAGCUAUGAUUUGACGAUAUGAAGUCAACUAUGAGCUCUUGAAUAUGUUGGAGGAUUUCUUCCAGAAUACUUCUGAUCAAAGUGCCCCAAAAUUGAAUGAUGCUUGUCGACUAAAACUGACUGAAGGCAACAAAUC